AUGGCAUCUACCAUCACUUUUGAAAAUCAUCGACCCGGGUUCUCCGAGAAAAUUGAAAACUUUUUCCGCACCACGGAAAACAUCUACGAAACUUCGGGCGGUAAAUCGACUGGUCUUCCGGGUGGCCUGGGUGCCGGAGCUCCAGGCAUUGGUCGCCCCUUUCCAAGCCGACUGGCCGGCUUCGUUCGCGACAGCUACGAACUGUACGUGGAAGUGCCCAGCUACAAGCCAGAAGAGGUGGCCGUCACAACGCAGGACGAGCUGAUCAUCAUCAGCGGCAAACACGAGGAGAACCACCCGGAGUUUGGCUACCAGAGCAAGGAGUUCACGCACAAGUACACGCUGCCGAAGAACAUCGACAAGGAGCGCAUGACGUGCGUCUUCAAGGAGCGCGGCUACCUCAAGAUUGAGGCGCCCUUUGUCCACCCUGAGGAUCCCAGCUCGCGCCAGAUUCCCAUCAAAAUAGUGAACACCCCAGUGCUGAGCAUGCCCAAGACGUCCUCCAGCUCUUCGGUGAACACAAACGGAACGGCGGCCACUGCAGCCACCGCCACCACCACCACCACCAGCACCGCCAGUGUCAGUCACGUGUGA